CCUAGUUUAAGGGUGAUUUAGAGAUUUUAAACCUUGAAAUCCCGAACAGGAUAACCCUCUCCGUGCCAAUCCAUUUCCUUCCUUCCUUCCUCGAACACCUGUCCUCUGCAUAAAAAUCUGUUUUUUGGGCGAAAUUUCUCCAUAAAAAUCUCAUUUUUCUUUUGUCUCUAGUCUGAUCAGUUUUUUUUUUUUAUAUACCUCUCCUUGCUAAUAAUAGUUUCGCAUAAAAUAUCUGCAAUCUGGAUGAGCGAAGAACGCUUAUUUGAUUUGUUUCCUCUACUCAACUGCGAGCUAAUGCUGGUAAGGAUGGAGAAGUAGACGAACAGAACCUAAAGCCCAAACUCAGCUGGCAGAAGUUGUAUAUCCUGAAUGAACUCCAGCAAGUUCUUACCAUCACUAAAAAAAAAGUAAAAAAGAGCGAUCUUUUCUGGUUUUCCUCAAAUUUCCAUCUUUUUCCGUAUGUCUCGAUUUCAAUCUCGCCUCGGCUCCUUCUUCCACAACCGAUGGCUGGUCUUCGUGGGCGCAAUGUGGAUGCAGUCAGUCGCUGGUAUCGGCUACGUUUACGGAAGUCUCUCUCCUGUGAUCAAACAUUCGAUGGGUUAUAACCAGCGCCAGAUCGCUACUAUCGGCGUUGCCAAGGAUCUCGGCGACAGCGUCGGAUUUCUAGCCGGAACUCUCUGUGAGAUUCUUCCUCUCUGGGCGGCGCUGCUCAUCGGCUCUAUCCAGAAUUUCAUCGGGUAUGGCUGGGUCUGGCUUGUCGUCACUGGUCGGGCGCCGCCGCUUCCUCUUUGGGCGAUGUGCGCUCUAAUCUUUCUUGGUAACAAUGGUGAGACAUACUUCAACACAGCAGCACUGGUUUCCUGCGUGCAGAAUUUUCCCAAGAGCAGGGGGCCUAUAGUGGGGAUUCUGAAGGGCUAUGCAGGUCUGAGUGGUGCAAUCUUGACUCAGAUAUAUACUAUGAUACAGUCACCUGAUCAGUCUGCUCUCAUCUUUAUGGUUGCUGUUGGGCCUUCCAUGGUAGUAAUAGCCCUUAUGUUCAUUGUUAGACCAGUUGGUGGGCACAAACAAGUAAGGCCAUCAGAUAACUCCAGUUUUGUGUUCACUUAUGGUGUCUGCUUGGUUUUAGCUGCUUACCUGAUGGGUGUUCUUCUUCUUGAAGACCUUGUUGAUUUGAAUCAUUUUGUAAUCAUCUUGUUCACUGUUGUGUUAGUCAUUCUACUAGUAGUUCCUAUCAUAAUUCCUUUGAUAUUAACCUUUGGUACUCCUGCUACUUCUCCUGAUCAAGAGCAUCUCUUGUCUGAUCCUCAAAAAGGAGCGACAAGUCAGACGACACAAUUUUCUGAGCAGAAUGAGGUUAUUCUAAGCGAAGUCGAGGAUGAGAAGCCGAAAGAGGUAGAUUUGCUCCCUGCAUCAGAGAGGUUGAAGAGGAUUCAGCACCUGCAAGCAAGACUAUUACAGGCUGCGGCAGAUGGAGCUGUUAGGGUGAAGAGAAGGAAAGGGCCGCGUAGGGGAGAGAACUUCACCUUGAGACAAGCUCUCAUAAAGGCGGAUUUUUGGCUCUUAUUUGUGUCUCUUUUGCUGGGAUCUGGCUCAGGAUUGACGGUUAUCGAUAAUUUAGGGCAGAUGAGCCAAUCUUUGGGCUACGAUGAAACCCACAUUUUUGUAUCAAUGACUAGUAUUUGGAACUUUCUUGGUCGCGUUGGUGGUGGCUAUUUCUCUGAGGUCAUUGUGAGUGAUUACGCAUAUCCAAGGCCAAUAGCUCUCGCAGUGGCUCAAGCUGUAAUGGUUGUAGGCCACUUUUUCAUCGGCAUGGGUUGGCCUGGAGCAAUGUACAUUGGAACUCUUCUGAUAGGACUUGGUUAUGGAGGCCACUGGGCUAUCGUCCCUGCCGCGGCCUCGGAGCUUUUCGGUGUAAAAAAUUUUGGAGCUUUGUAUAAUUUCCUCACAGUAGCAAAUCCUGCUGGAUCUUUAAUAUUCUCAGGCCUUAUUGCCAGCAGCAUAUAUGACUAUGAAGCACAGAAGCAAAACCAAAACCACCAUGUCCUCACAUCAGUCACUGAAGAACUCCAUUACAGAAGAAGACUGAAAGAACAAGUUCUUCUAUGUGAAGGGGCUAUUUGCUUCUUCCUUUCCUCCAUGAUCAUGUCAGGACUCUGCAUUAUUGCAGUAAUCUUGAGUUUGGUUCUUGUUUAUAGGACCAAGAUUGUCUAUGCAAAUCUUUAUGGCAAAACUCAAACUUGAGUUUGCUUCUUGAUUGAAUAUUUCCAUUUAUGAUCUUGAAAGUUGAAGCCAAUGAUGAAUGAUUCAUGAACAUUAAGAAAUGAAGCCAUUGGUGGAGGCUCAUCAGUUUGUUAAGAAGUUUGUGUGUGUUUUUUUUUUUUUGUAUUUUCUUGUAUCUGAUCAUGAGAAGUGUUCAUUUUUCUUCUCAUGUUUGGUAUAGAUAAACUUGUUUGCAUCUCAUUAAAACAUAAGGGUUUGUUUGAAUUUGUUUGAUUGAGGCUA